CCAUUAUCCACAGUUGAUGGCGGUAAUGCUCUUUUAAGAAUACGAGCCGCCAAUAAGCUCAAAGAAGAAGAAGACGUCAUUGGUAGAAGCGGGAAAUGGAUGCGGCAGAAGUUGAGUUUCUCGCCGAGAAGGAGAUGGUCAAAAUUAUUCCCAACUUUAGUCUCGACAAAAUCUAUUUAAUCGGGGGGGAUCUGGGCCCGUUUAACCCGGGUUUGCCAGUGGAGGUCCCUGUGUGGCUGGCCCUUAAUCUCAAACAGAGACACAAAUGCAGGAUCGUACCUCCAGAAUGGAUGGAAACAAGCAAACUAGAGGAGAUCCGUGAACAGGAGCGAAAACUGGACACUUUCACUCCUAUACCGAGUCCAUAUUACAUGGAGCUUACCAAACUAUUACUCAACCAUGCUGCAGAUAACAUCCCCAGAGCUGAUGAGAUUCGCACGCUGGUAAAAGACAUCUGGGACACACGCGUGGCCAAAUUAAGACUCUCUGCUGACAGUUUUAUCAGCCAGCAGGAGGCUCAUGCGCAGCUGGAUAAUCUCACGCUGAUGGAGAUCAAUACCACACGCUCCUUUCUGCUGGACUCUCUGAACUACAUGUAUAAACUGCGUUCAAACAUGCAGCCGAGCAGAACUAAUGACUAUUGAUGCGAUCUCAUGCAAUGGACUGAUCUGUCCGCUUUAGCUUCAUGUGAUCAUGUUUUGAAGCUGAUCUAUGAACUGUCUGUAUCUUUAGGCCUUUCUAAAACAAUAUGAAAAUGUACAACUUUACUGAAAUUUAGCAGGCUAAUCUUAAACUAGUUUUUGCUUUGCAAGAUUAAAGUGGUUUGUUGAUUGUU